UUUACAGCGCUCACAGACUCACAUGUGCCGACCAUGCUCGCGGACGAAGAGCAAAUUCACAACAUGCUGAAAGCUUUCCCAUGUUUUAAAACUUUUUAGAGGCUUGCUAAAGUUUAUCUGAACGACUGAACGUUAUGUUAAUUCGAUCAGCGAAAAAGAAGCCUCUUCUAUGUUACCCGGACUCCAUAUCCAGUAGGCUAACGUUAGCCGAAGCAGUGGUGCAUCAUGUUCAGACUUGUUCCCUGGCACCGCGAGGGACCUUUCACGAUUCAAACCCAAGACUUUUUUAUUAAUUGGAUGAGGCGGAAAAAAUGAAUUACCACUUCCCACAGCAGCUUUUCCCUUCAUUCUACAACUCUGGACCGCCUGAAUUGACGCUGAAACAUUGUGCUGGAAAUUGGGGCAGUUAUGAUGGUGUCAUACUUCAGGGUAAAUCUGGUACUCCCAGCAACUGGAACUUUACAUCCAGGCACCGUGUAAAAGGGGAGGUAUGGCAUCACAAGGAACCAGUACCAAUUCCCCUCCUCAAACCCAGGAACUGCUUCAUUUGGCCUUCAACCCCUCCUGAUCCACUCGACUUCACGGAGCAUAUUCAAAACUUUUACUUGGAUCAUUGCCAGGAGGCCUUCGGAUGCAUCAGUGAAAUUCUGAGGGACCAAUUCAAUUUUAAAUACGGAAUGUCAAAGAAUGACAGAUGGAGGAUAAAACGCUUCCUUGGCAUGCUGAAUCUGCCUAUAUGUCACCAGGUGUAUAGAUCCAGACCAUUACAGGCGUUCAGUGCCCUUCUUUCAGAUGUUGUGCAAACCGUCCCGCCAGAGCUGUUGGGGUCGCUGUUGUACGAGGAACUGAUGGCGCAAAGAGACCGCCAUCUGUUCUUUGAAGGGGCCACAGGGGGCGCUCUGAAUUUUAUUCCCUUCUCACAGGGCAGAGACUCUCAAAAUGGCUGUCUGCUCUACCCUGGAAAGCGGGGAAUGAACCAUCUCAAUUUUCACAGAGUGGAGUUUGAGCAACAUCAAGACAAGUGUUUCUCCGUGAACUCCGAAAGCAAACCGUUCAGCUUCCAACUAAAAGGCCCCAUCCGACAGAUCAGCUCAGCCUCCUUGUUCAACAUCAGUUGUGUUUCUUUGAGAUCAGAUUAUUGUUGCGGAGUUUGGAGAUUUAGUGAGACCGAGGAACCACGUUUGCUGCAAGUUGUUAACACUGCUGAGGUUGCCACUUGCGUUAAUGUCAGUCCUCACGUUUUAGGUGAAAUUCUGGUGGCAAGUAAAAGUGGAAAAACUCACCUCUGGACUGUUGGCAAAGGGAUUCAAAAGGUUUGGGAAGAUGAUAGCAAUCUUUACUUUAAUGCAAAGUCAUCCUGGCGAUGGUGUGAGUUCUCUGCUCAUCCUAGGGUGAUGGUCUACGCCGACAGGACCGGUGCAGAACUCUGUGAUAUCAGGACAAGUCCUGCUUCCAAUCACACGCUGUUUCGCAUCAGCAGCACAGCUGAGUGUCGAAGGGGGGAGAGGUUAAUCUUAUGCAAAUAUCUAACGGACCCACACCCCUUUCACCAUCUUGUCACCACUCAGUACUCGGCCUACAUUAUGGACGAACGAUUACCGAGCUUGCCAAUGCUGAAGAUUGAUCACAUGAUGCAAUCCCCGCCAGUGUUUUGUCAUGUCCUUCCUGGUGUAUCCUCAUCCUGCGGGGAUGCUAGAAGCACCAAGAUUUUACUAGGUUCCCAAAGGUCUCAGGAAAUCACACAGCUGCAAUACUCAGGUAGCAGAUCAGAAGCGUACGUCAGUCUGGGUCCUCCUCAAGCUCUGCUUCGUCCUUGUGAUAGCCUCAAACACCUUCCUGUCCAUAUCCCUCACCGAAUGGACACAGCAAGCACAAGGCUGUCUUCACCAUCUGCAGGUCUGACGUGCAUCCAAAAGAGUGCAAGAGAUGGAAGUAAUGAAUCGAUCUGUGUGCUACAGCUGACCGAGGCAGGCGAUAUAUUCUGCCAGGUCCUAGAACACAAGCCGCUGGAUGACACUUCAGAGAAUGAAGCCCCAUCUAGUAAUGCAUCGAAAAACCUUUUACAACCAACACAUGAACAUGUGUCGAGUUCAGAUGAAGAGGAUGAAAAGGUGACUAACAGUCUAGCCAGUGAUGCGGAGCAGCCAUGCAGCGCUCAGAAGACACCCACCAUCAUGACUCAUGCUAAGCUUAGUGAGAAUGCUCUCGCUACUUGGAAACUCUGGCUACAAAAACUCUUUCUCAAGAGCCGCAAAAAGAAGCCACGUCCACGCAGUCCAAAACAGUUCACAGUUAACACAAGUGGUCUCCUCUGCCUGUCCAGUGACAAGGUGAGAGAAUUGUCUGAAGAGGAGCAUGUGAUGAGCAUGAGACAACAAUUGAGUGAGUGCAUGUCCAACCGUUCCUUGCUGGUUAGAAGGACUGGCUCCUCAGAACCUUCGGAUGUGGUGCCAUUUCCAGACGAAGUGGACACGGCAGCUUUCACCGACGACCUUAGUCAACGACUAACCCUGUCCUGGCACAGCCAGGAUAAUUGGCGAGAAUGGUGGAAUUACAGGCUAGGGCUUAGUAAGGAAGAGAAGAUGAAGGCAUUGAGGAGGAAGAGGAGGAAAGAAAAGGCGGCACGAUCGGGCGGUCGACGACUGGACCUCUCUGAUAGUUUCAGUUCGUCAGUCACCAAUCUGUCCGAGCUGGAUAGUUUCUCCGACUUUUCGGGCUGGUCAUCAAGUGAAGGGAGGUUGUCAGAAGGGAAUGAGACAUCGCAGUCUGAGGGCACAUUGGGGUGUGAGACCUCGCGAGCCAAGACGCCCACGUCCGUGCUCAGUGAGGAUUCUGCAGCUCAUGUACCGGUUACCCAGGCCACGACCGUCCAAAUUGACUCCACACCAUCAAGUCAGAAAAAGAACAAACGGCCUGCCGACAACUACCUCAGCUCUCUGUUUGGAUCACAGAACGAUAACUCUCAACUCGACAACUGCUUUGAUGCGGAGGAGCAUUCACUUCGGCCUGUGGCUCACUCCUCUCAGCAAUAUGGCUCCCAGUCACUGUCGCUCUCUCAGGGGUCGGUGCGGCGGCCGGGGUCACAGUCAUCACAACCAAAGAAAAAGAAAGCACGGAUGGGAUUUUGAUGUGCCCGUCACCUCAUGUUGAUAAAGCAGUCUUGACAUUUUGGCCUGAAGGACUAAUUUUUAUUUCUUUUUUUCUAUUUAUUUUUAUUUUUUUGUAUUUCUUCUAAUCAUGAGGUCUACAAAAUCAAGUCAUUUCGCCAUUCGUGGAUUCAAUGAAUGCAGAACUCUAUCAUUAAAAGAACCCCAAACAACAGUACCUUCACGGACAGAACAUUAUGGUUCUUUCGCCCUCAAACUGGAUUUUAACUGGACAAUUCAUCAUUUUCAACUCCUGAGAACAUCACAAGGCUGGUUUGGUAGGACAAAGAGACAUUUAUUUUUUAAUUAAAUGUGUGUUUGUGUAAAAAUGUGGACAAAUUAUUUAAAUAAUGGAUGCUGCUUCUACAAUUAGCAAUAGGAGUGAAACAGAAUAUCGACAGAGUAAAAAUAUCAAUAAGAUGUAACAGGUUGCUCUCAAAAUUUCCCGCUAGAAUAUUAACCAAUUGGCUGCCAUUGAUGGCACUCGAUGAGCAAUUCACUUCUAAUACAGAAGCGUACUUUUUUUUUUCUAAGUAGGACAUGAACAAAAAUCUGCUUUUAAUAUGGAAAACAACAAUUCACAUUUUUGCCAAUUUUCAGACAUAUUUCUCGACAAGCUUCACAAUAAGGCUACAACAACUAAUCGAUUAAAUCAAUAAAUUGGCUCCCAACGAAUGUGAUUAUUGACAGUUGUAGACUAGUUAACUCGGUAAACUGUGAUAAAAUAUUAUUUUUGAAGGAAAUAGUAAACCAUUUUGUUGUCAUUGUUCCUUACAAAAUUCCUAAAACAACUUACAGGUUAAUUGUGAAGGUAAUUGUGAAAAAAGUGACAUUUAUCUGAUUAAUCGUUUGAAUAAUCGUCUAAUUAAUCAAUUAUGAAAAUAAUCGUUAGUUGCAGCACUGUUUGCACCCUUCAGCAACCAAAAACUUUAUAACGACCGCUGUUCAAUUUUGGAGCAUGCUUAUUGGUCGGCCAUCUUAGUUAAUCGUCAAAACCUCUUUUUUUCACUGCAAAGAAAUUAAAUCCAUGUGAAAAAAGAACUAAAACAGAAAAAAGUAAGCUUCUACCUGUACUAGAAGUCCUUAUUAGGGUUGAGCAUCAAGCAUUGAGCAUCGAUGGGUCCCGAUUCUAACACUCCGGUUCUCCCAGAACCGUUCAAAUUUUAAAAUUUCAAUUCCAUGUUUCGAUGACCUGACCGCCGAGCGGGAAAAAAAUGCUGCCGAAAACCACGAAGAAGCCACAAGAAGCGCGUGUUUGUGCAUUGCAACUUGAUUACAACCAUGGACGCGGUGUGGCGGCACUCAAAAGUUUUGCUUACCUUUAAAAAAAAAAAAAAAAAAAAAAAAAACUCAGUGCAACAUUCUGAAACAGUCUGAAAUAUUAACAAAUCGUAGCUGCCUCUUACAUUCCUAACCAUAAAAAGGGACACAUUCUGCAGCAUGAUGGUGCUCCAUCGCAUACUUCAAUCUCUACCUCAAAGUUCCUCAAGGCAAAGAAGAUCAAGAUCCUCUAGAACUGGCCAGCCCAGUCACCAGACAUGAACAGGAUGAAAGAGGAAGCAUGGAAGACGAAACCCAAGAAUGUUGAUGAACUCUGGGAGGCGUGCAAGACUGCUUUCUUUGGUAUCCCUGAUUACUUCAUCAAUAAAUUGUAUGAAUCCUUGCCGGACCGCAUGGAUGCAGUCCUUCAAGCCCAUGGAAGUCAUACAAAAUAUUAAAUUUGGAUCUCACAGCACCACUACUUAAUUCGCUUAUGUUAUGUAACAUAUUUUUGUAUUUGAAGUACCGUAUUGGCCCGAAUAUAAGACGAUGUUUUUUGCGUUGAAAUAGGAUUGUAAAAGAGGGCGUCAUUUUAUAUUUGCGGUCUAGACAUUAUACCCAUUCACGACGCUAGAUGGCGCCAGAUAUCAUUGAAGCGAUGUUCUGUCAUGACAGAUCUCCGCUACUUUCAAGUUUAACCAGUUUGCAUUUUUUUUAUUGCAAUGUUUUUCCUUAUUCCGAUUUGUUUCAAGACUACAGUCACAGUUAGACUUCACUUUGAUGGUUAAUGCAGUUAUUGCAAUUUUGUUGUUUUAUCACAAUAGAUUGGUUUAUUUACAUUUCAAAAACCAGAAGCCAUUCGUUUACGAAUGUGAUUGCAUUUUAGUUUACAUAUUUAAAUGUUCAGAUACUAAGUUUUGAAUGAGGCAAAAUAACAUGCUUGUUCUCUGAAAUAUAUUGUUAUAAUUUGUUUCGAAUGUACUGUAAUUUCUGUAUAAAAAUUAAUUUGGUGUUCAAAAAGUUUUUUUGUCAAACUUGAGUCUUGAAAAAGAGGGGGUCGUCUUAUAAUCAGGGCCGUCUUAUAUUCGGGACAAUACGGUACAUUUUUUGUUCAAUUUUCGCACUACUUUGUGUAGGCGCCAAUACUUUUAUCUUGCCAAAAUUUGACUUUUAAGGUCUUCAUUAAAUGAUCUUUUUUCAGUGAAACAAAUAUAUUUUUGUACAUUCAACAUCAUUUGGGAGGGUCUGAGCUGUCAUAUGAGCCAUUUCUGAAACCAAUUGAAUCAUUAAAAGUCAGGUUAUUAGCAACUGUUUCUACAAAAUUGAUAAGCGACAAGAUUUUUUGUCAGGGACUGUUGGUUAGCUCCCAUACAGCAGGACUUGUGAAAAAAAAUUCGUUCAUGUAGCUUUUCCCCUUUCAAGGCCUAUAUACUGCAUAUUAACAGGUUGGUAAAGAUGUAAAAUACUUAGACAUAAAGUUUCCAAGGCAGAAAUGUAACAGAACCCCCUCCUCCAUUUUUUUUCUUUUAAACAAAGCGUUCUGAUCAAUUCAAGUCAAUUUUAUGGCACUUGAAAGAUGCCACCUAAUUGAUGAUAUUCCUAUAUUAUUCUUAUAUUAUACUUAUAUUAACUUACUGAACAUUGCAAUCCUACCUGCCUGCUCUGCACCUGUGGUGUUCACCUCACGGCUGGUGCUUGCUGCUGCAUCUACCUUGUGAGGCGCCACAAGCCAAAGUUUCCACAGUUAUGUGUUGUCGUAUUACUCUGUGCAAGUUGCAUUUUAUUUGCCAUCUUGCCGUAACACUUUCAUUGUAAUCCUCUGUUUGUGGCUGCGAGC